AAAAUGAUCUCACAGCCAGUAAUUGCCGGUUCAGGUUCCCAUCAGAAAAUGCAAGCAAGCAGUGCGUAAUUGGUGUCCUCCCAUUGCCUCUCGUCCGCGGCGGCCUUCUCGUCCCUCAAUAAAAUCCCACGCUCUCUCUCUCUCUCGUUCUCUGUUCUCGACCACCUCAACAGAGGUAAUAUGUACAUUUCUCUUACGUUUGUCACCAACAAGAAGAAAAGAAAAUCUAUGAUCUUUGAGGUUUGGUUGACAGUUUUGUCUUGGUCUUUGUUGGCAAUAUGGUCGUUGGCUUAAGCUACUUUUUAUAUUUUGGUAGUGAAAUGAGUUCUUUAACCAACUAUUGGUUUUGGUUCCCUAUUUUCCCAUUAUAAGUUGCUUCGAAUUCUUAGCUUAAAGGUGUGUAGGCUGUAGCUACGUGUUUGUUGAUUACCUCAUUGAAUACUUGCUGAAAAGUUUUAUAUUUGAUAAAAAAAAAAAAAAAGUUUUCGAAUUUGGUGCUGUUGUGUUAAUAGGUCUUUGUUUUUUGAUUGAUGCUCAUAUUUUCCAAUGACCCAGAAGAAUGCCGUAUGUUAUGAGACUGGUAAAUUAUGUGUUGUGGAAUCUGUGCCUGUUUCCAGAAAGACCAUGAAUGUGAAUGAGAAUUAGAGGUUAUCGAUUGGUUUGAAUUUUUGUAAGUCUUUUGGAAUCGAAGGGUUGACAAAAUAAAAUGGAGGAAGAGCCUUCUAGUGAAGCUAAAGAAGGGACGGACUCUUAUGCGACUUUGGAUGAGGAGGGCGGUGAAUGUUGUGUGGCUGAGGAUGUUGAAGCCCCAAUGGUGUUGGAUAAUGUGAAUUUUGAAUAUUCUCAGAGUUUAGUGGGUGGGGUUGUAGAGCCCAUACUGGGGAUGGAGUUUACUUCAGAAGAUGAUGCGAGGAACUUUUACAAUGCGUAUGCUAAGCAAACGGGUUUUAGUAUUCGUGUGAAUUCAUAUUAUCGUUCGAAGAAAGAUAAUUCAAUUAUAUCUCGAGAGUUUUGUUGUUCUAAAGAAGGGUUUCGCCGAGAGAGGCAUGCUAAAAGGAUAGAUUUGGGUGAAGACACAAAAAGGAGGCGUGCUAGACCUAUCACAAGGGAAGGUUGCAAAGCAUUGAUGACCGUGAGGAAACGGGACAAUGGGAAAUGGUAUGUGGCGAAAAUAGAAAAGAACCACAGCCAUGAGCUUGUGACUCCAGCAAUGCGGCAAUUUCUUAGGUCACAGAAGCAGGAGUGUGAUCCCAGAAAAAGUUUGAGCAACUCUUUCAGUUCCCCUGGAAUGAGUUUAAAUGGUCCUGUCAAUGUCUUGACUGAAGAUUCCAACAGUUCUGGUAAAAUGGUAUUUAACGCACAGAAUGCUGUCAAUUACAUUGGAAAGGGAAGGCUGAGCACUUUUGGGAUAGAUGCCCAAAGUCUGCUUGGAUUUUUUAAGGUUAUGCAAGCUAGUGAUCCUGCAUUUUAUUAUGCGAUACAGGUUGAUGAAGAAGAUAGGCUAAGUAGCGUUUUCUGGGUUGACACAAGAUCAAGAAUUGCUUAUAAUUGUUUCUCUGAUGUCGUAGCAUUUGAUACUACUUAUCAAGUGAAUCAAUAUAAAAUGCCAUUUGCCCCUUUUACUGGAGUAAAUCAUCAUAAGCAAUCAGUGCUGUUUGGCUGUGCAUUGCUUGCAGAUGAGACUGAAUCCACAUUCAUUUGGCUUUUGACAACUUGGCUUGAGGCAAUGUCUGGCCAGCAACCUGGCUUAAUUAUAACCGACUAUGAUUCUGCCAUACGCAGAGCAGUAGAACAGGUUUUCUCCCAGUCAAGGCAUCGAUAUUGCAAAUGGCAUAUCAUGAGCAAAAUGCCGAGGGAAAUGGGACAUAUAUACAGCUCACUACCAAGAACAUUUCAAAUAGAAUUUGAUAGGUGCAUUAAUAAGAGCGAGACACCUGAUGAAUUUGAAUCUACUUGGCCAAUACUUCUGGAUAAGUACAAUCUUAGGGGAAAUGAAUGGCUUCAAUCACUUUACAUUGAUCGCAAGUUGUGGGUGCCAACAUAUGUAAGAGAUACAUUCUUUGCAGGGAUGUAUGCUGCUCAGCGAAGUUCAAGUGUGAACUCACUCUUUGGUGGCUAUGUAAAUGCAAGGACUACCUUACCAGAUUUUGCAGAGCAAUAUGAGAAGGCCUUAGAUGAUAGAUAUGAGAAAGAAGCAAGGGCAGAGUUUGAUACCUUUUAUACUAAACCAGUUCUGAAGACACCACUUCCUAUGGAAAAGCAAGCAGCAGACAUUUACACAAGAAAAAUAUUUACAGUAUUUCAGGAUGAAGUAUUUGAAUCUCUUGCACUUGCUGUGAAAUUCAGUGGAGAGGAUGGAGGAACCAGCACAUACGAGGUAGCAAGAUUUGAUGAAGAACAUAAAGCUCACUUUGUAUGUAUUAAUGUAGCUGAACAAGUAGCUAGUUGUAGUUGUAAGAUGUUUGAAUUCGAAGGGGUCCUUUGCCAACAUGUGCUUGCAGUUUUUAAAGUAAAAAAUGUCUUUAUGCUUCCACAGCAUUAUAUUUUAAAGCGAUGGACAAGAAAUGCCAAGGAUGAGGCCAUUUUGGAUGCUCAGGCCUGUGGUGAAACACAAGGCAAUUCUCAGAAAAGCAAGAAAUUGCAGUACAAUAUUUUGUAUCAGGAAGCAAUUAAAUGUGCAGAUGAAGGGAUGGCAUCUGACCAUAGUUUUAAAGUGGCAUUAAAUGCCUUAAGAGAGGCCAGGAUCAAAAUUGCUGAUGCAAAGAAGAAAACCAUCAGUGCAACAAAACUGGAAACCAUGGCCAGCACAAGUUAUCAGGAUGAAAACACCACAAUUGCCAGUCAGGUGGACAGUUCAUCAGCCGUAGUAACUCCCCUUGAACACCAGAAAACUAAAACAAGAGAAUCUUUAAGAGAAAGUAAUAUAUUAGCAUCGGAGCAAUCAUCAAGCAGAGCUACACCAUGCACUAAUUGUAAAUGCCCAGCCCAUGACAGUAAUACUUGCUUGUGGUUGAAGGAUUCAGGCCAGAACACUUCCAUGGAAAAUCAAAAUCAGAAAAUUGCCUGUACGACCAGUCUUUGCGGGAUAGGAGGCAACAUCCCUUUGAACUGAAGGUUGUUAUUUGACGUAAAUAUUGAUGCUUCUCCAAUAGGCAUUUGCUGAUCAGAGAGCAAGACUAAUGAUGUCAAUGGAAGGAUUAAGCAAAUUUGGUGACAGAAUUAAGGAAAGUAGAAGAACCAUCGUGGAAACAGAGGAGCUGGGUGCCUCAGCUCUUCAAGAUUUGCACUCUCAGCGACAGUCUCCAUGGGCAUGGAGACUGUCAUGCUCAUAACACGCAUGGAGUGGAAGAUACAAUAGGAAAGAGCAAGAAAGUUUUGACUGCCAUGUCAAGGAGGAUGAGCAGGAACAAGUGGAUUAUUGGCACCAUUAUUGCAGUUCUUGCAUUGCUAUUGUCUUGAUCGUGUAC